AGUAGACUACAAGCCUACACUUUCAAGCCCAUCAAGUGAUACGCCCUGCCAUAUUUUCUUACUUGUUUGCUAUAAAACCAAAGUAGGGUUUCAUUUCCUGCGCUCGACUAUUAACGCAGGGUUUCUGCCGCCGUCAUUCACCGGAAUUUGCUUAACAGGGUAUAAUGACGACCAGAUUGAGGAAGAAUCGCAAGAAGCGUGGCCACGUGAGCGCUGGACAUGGUCGUAUCGGAAAGCACCGAAAGCAUCCCGGAGGUCGUGGUAAUGCCGGAGGUAUGCACCACCACCGGAUCCUCUUCGACAAGUACCAUCCCGGUUACUUCGGUAAGGUCGGUAUGAGGUAUUUCCACAGGCUGAGGAACAAGUUCUACUGCCCAAUCGUGAACGUCGACAAGCUCUGGUCGAUGGUUCCACAAGACGCGAAGGAGAAGGCUUCAGCUGAUAAGGUUCCAGUCGUCGAUGUUACUCAAUUCGGAUACUUUAAGGUUUUGGGAAAGGGAGCUGUGCCUCUUUCACAUCCUAUGGUUGUUAAGGCGAAGCUCAUUUCAAAGUGUGCUGAGAAGAAAAUUAAGGAGGCCGGUGGUGCUGUUGUUCUUACUGCUUAGGUUUGUUUUUCUAUUUUUGAUGUUGAUUUUGAUUAUUACUGUUAGUUUCAAUGGCAGAGUACUCUUAAUUUGCUGGAUUUGAACUACUUUUUGAUCAAAUUUGUGUUUUAAACUUCUUACAAA